ACUUCCCAAGCGCUUAGUCCAGUGCUCUGCACACAGCCGGCCUGCCCCGCUUCCUUCCCCGUCCCCCCGCGCCGGCGGCCGCCAUGGGGCUGAAGGCCGCCCAGAAGAGCCUGUUCCCCCUGCGCUCCCUGGACGACGUGGUGCGGCUGUUCGCCGCCGAGCUGAGCCGGGAGGAGCCGGACCUGGUGCUCCUGUCCCUGGUGCUGGGCUUCGUGGAGCACUUCUUGGCCGUCAACCGCGUGAUCCCCACCAACGUCCCCGAGCUGAGCUUCCAGCCCAGCCCUGCCCCCGACCCGCCGGGCGGCCUCACCUACUUCCCCGUGGCCGACCUGUCCAUCAUCGCCGCCCUGUACGCCCGCUUCACGGCCCAGAUCCGCGGCGCCGUGGACCUGUCCCUCUACCCCCGGGAGGGCGGCGUGUCCAGCCGCGACCUGGUCAAGAAGGUCUCCGACGUCAUCUGGAACAGCCUCAGCCGCUCCUACUUCAAGGACCGGGCCCACAUCCAGUCGCUCUUCAGCUUCAUCACAGGAACCAAGCUAGACAGCUCAGGGGUGGCCUUCGCGGUGGUGGGGGCCUGCCAGGCCCUGGGGCUCUGGGACGUCCACCUGGCUCUGUCCGAGGACCACGCCUGGGUCGUCUUCGGGCCCGACGGAGAGCAGACGGCCGAGGUCACGUGGCACGGGAAGGGCAACGAGGACCGCAGGGGCCAGACGGUCAACGCCGGUGUGGCCGAGCGGAGCUGGCUGUACCUGAAAGGCUCCUACCUGCGCUGCGACCGGAAGAUGGAGGUGGCUUUCAUGGUGUGCGCCAUCAACCCCUCCAUUGACCUGCACACCGACUCUCUGGAGCUGCUGCAACUGCAGCAAAAGCUGCUGUGGCUCCUGUAUGACUUGGGUCAUCUGGAAAGGUACCCGAUGGCCCUGGGCAACCUAGCAGACCUGGAGGAAUUGGAGCCAACCCCAGACCGCCCCGACCCGCUCACCAUCUACCAUAAGGGCAUCGCAUCCGCGAAGACCUACUAUCGAGACGAGCACAUCUACCCCUACAUGUACCUGGCCGGUUAUCACUGCCGCAACCGCAACGUGCGCGAGGCCCUGCAGGCCUGGGCUGACACCGCCACCGUCAUCCAAGAUUACAACUACUGCCGGGAGGAUGAGGAGAUCUACAAGGAGUUCUUCGAGGUGGCCAACGACGUGGUGCCGAACCUACUGAAGGAGGCGGCCAGCCUGCUGGAAGCCAGUGAGGAGCGGGGCGGAGGGGAGCACCCCCAGGGCUCCCCCGUGCCCAGCUCAGCCCUGCAAGACCCCGAGUGCUUCGCCCACCUGCUGCGCUUCUAUGACGGGAUCUGCAAGUGGGAGGAGGGCAGCCCCACACCGGUGCUGCACGUGGGCUGGGCCACCUUCCUUGUCCAGUCCCUGGGCCGCUUCGACGGCCAGGUCCGGCAGAAAGUUCACAUUGUGAGCCGGGAGGCGGAGGCCACGGAGACGGAGGAGCCGUGGGGAGAGGAGGCCCGGGAGGGCCGCCGGAGGGGGCCCAGGCGGGAGUCGAAGCCCGAAGAGCCGCCACCCCCCAAGAAGCCGGCCCCGGACAAGGCCGGGGGCCGGCGUCCCGGGGCGGCACCCGGCCCGGCGGCGCGGGGGCCCGAGGGCCCGGCCCCGCCCGCCGCGCCCCCGGCCUCGCCGCCCCCCGAGGGCCCCGUCCUCACCUUCCAGAGCGAGAAGAUGAAGGGCAUGAAGGAGCUGUUGGUGGCCACCAAGAUCAACUCCAGCGCCAUCAAACUGCAGCUCACUGCCCAGUCCCAGGUGCAGAUGAAGAAGCAGAAGGUGUCCACCCCCAGUGACUACACGCUGUCCUUCCUCAAGCGGCAGCGCAAGGGCCUCUGAGCCCUGGGCGGGGGCUGUUUAUGUGUUGGGGGGGUCUGACCGUCUGUUUGUGUGUAUGUGUGUGUGGAUAGAAGAACCCCCUUCCCUCUCCUUCCCCUUUUUCCCUCCGGCCCUGCAUCCUAAGAGUUUUCCCUUCCUUUCCCGCCUUGGACGAGGCUCCAUCUCCCAAGAGACCCUCCGCACCCCUCAGGGGCACAGAUAAGCCCCCCGGUCUGACUUGUACAUAGGUUUGUUUUUCAAACUCCACGGCGAUAAAUACAUUUUCUUUUUUUUUUUCUUUUUUCCAUAAAAAUCCCGAGUCCCCA